AUGGAACGCGCUAUGAAUGGCAGAGAAGAGCGGCUCCCGCUCGUCCAGGGGGGCGGCUCGGUCUCCAGCAACAAGCUUUGCGCCUGCCAUGCGGAUGGUGCGUUCCUGAGAGGGCAAUGGUAUUGGGACAUACGCGUUCAGGGGGUGUGCGGUCCGCGAGAUGCGGUCGAGGCCAGAUUAUCGAAUCCCGCCCAUCCGUCCGUGGGACCUGAAAGGAGCAGGCGGAGGCAAGAGAUGGGGCGAGAGGCGACGGAAGAGGCGGGACGCCCACUCCAAACGGCCACGUUCCAGACCGAGGGUGAUAAAGCAGAGGUGGAGCGGACGCUGUCACUAUCGCGGCUCAUAAAGGCAGGCGAAUUCCCGGAGGCGAGGAGCUCGCCUUUGGAAACACCAGUCGACUCGCCGCUACAGGAGGAUACACCGCACAUCCCCUUGGCGGAUAGCAUCGCCCUGGGGAUGGAUGAUGUGCCUGCUGCCGCCAACGAGGAUGACAAGAUUCCUAUUGUGAGCAACGGCAGUGCAAACGGGAACGACAGCACCACUCCAGAAAAUGCCAGCAAUGGCAAUAGCAAUGGCAAUGCCAGCGGCGGCGUCCAUCCUGCCGCAGCAAACGGCACCAACGGCACCGCCGCCGCCAAAGACACAAACGGCACCGCCACCACCAGCCCCCUCCCCGCCGACCUCCCACCCACAACGGAGCUGGGCCCCAAGCAAGACCCCAUCGCCAUCAUCGGCAUGUCGUGCCGGCUCCCCGGCGGCGCGUCGGAUCCGGAAGCCUUCUACCAGCUCUGCUGCCUGGGCCGGAGCGGGUGGACGCCCAUGCCGCCGGACCGCUUCAGCAAGGACGGCUACCACCACCCGGACCCGGACCGGCUGGGCUGCUACAACCCGGCCGGCGGCUGCUUCCUGGCCGAGGACGUCGCGCUCUUCGACGCGCCCUUCUUCAAGAUCACGGAGCGCGAGGCCCUGGCCAUGGACCCGCAGCACCGCCUCAUCCUCGAGUGCGCGUACGAGGCACUCGAGAACGCGGGCUUGCCCAUGGCGUCGCUGGCGGGCAAAAACGUCGGCGUCUACGCGGGCGGGUCCUUCACCGACUACGAGCUCAACAACCUGCGCGACCUCGACACGGCGCCCAUGCACCAGUCGACGGGCAACGCGCCGUCGCUGCUCGCCAACCGCGUCUCGUACUUUUUCGACUUUCGCGGCCCCAGCUACACCGUCGACACGGCCUGCUCGUCCAGCCUGACGGCCCUGCACCUGGCCGUGCAGUCGCUGCGCAGCGGUGACGCCUCCGUCGUGGUGCUGGCCUCGAGCCACUUGAACCUCUUGCCCGACCACUUUGUCUCCAUGUCGUCGCAGGGGCUGCUGUCGCCCGACGGCCGGUCCUACGCCUUCGACUCGCGCGCCAACGGCUUCGGGCGCGGCGAGGGGGCCGGCGUCGUGAUCCUGAAGCCCCUGUCGGCGGCGCUGCGGGACAACGACCCCGUCCGCGCCGUCGUCGUCGGUACGGGCCUGAACCAGGACGGGCGCACCAACGGCAUCACCAUGCCCAACAAGGAGGCGCAGCUCGACCUGAUGCGCAAGGUCUACGCCGACAACGGGCUGGACCCGCGCGAGACGGGCUACGUCGAGGCGCACGGCACGGGCACGCGCGUCGGCGACCCGCUCGAGAUGGAGGCGCUGCACCGCAUGUUCCACGACGGCCGCACGUCGCGCCGCCCGCUCUGGGUCGGGUCCGUCAAGACGAACGUCGGCCACCUCGAGGGCGCCAGCGGCAUCGUCAGCAUGAUCAAGUCGGCCAUGAUGCUGGAGCGCGGCUACCUGCUGCCCAACCACGACUUCCGCGACGGCAACCGCGAGAUCCCCUUUGACGAGUGGGGCGUCAGGGUGCCCAGCCGCGUCAUGCCGUGGCCGCGCGGCAUGAAGUACGCUAGCAUUAAUAGUUUCGGCUUCGGCGGCGGCAACGCCCACGCCGUUCUGGCCGCUCCUCCCCGCCAGGCCAAGCCGGUCGCCGCCGCCGGUGGUGCCGCCGCCGCCUUCACGCCAGGCGGCUACGUCGAGCCCAAGCGCGUCUUCGUCGUGUCGGCCCACAGCAAGGCCGCGCUCGCCGAGCAGAUGCGCAGCGUGACCGUGUACCUGGAGCGCCGGCCCGUGGCCUUCCAGGGCUCGCUGCUGAGCGACAUGGCCUACACGCUGGGCCAGCGGCGCUCGUUCCUGCCCUACAAGUUCUUCGCCGUCGGGUCCGAGGGCAACGGCCUCAUCUCCACCUUUGUUCACGACGCCCCCUCCAGCCCCGUACGGUCCACGCGCCCGCCGCGCCUCGGCUUCGUCUUCACCGGCCAGGGCGCCCAGUGGCACGCCAUGGGCCGCGAGCUGAUCGCCGCCUACCCCGUCUUCAAGGGGUCGCUCGAGCGCUUCGACGCCUGCCUGGCCCGCCUGGGCGCCCGCUUCAGCCUGCUCGAGGAGCUGACGGACCGCGACGCAAAGACCUCGCGCAUCUCCGAGGCGGAGCUGAGCCAGCCGGGCUGCACGGCCGUGCAGCUGGCGCUGGUCGACCUCCUCAGGGCCUGGGGCGUGCGGCCCGACGCCGUCGUCGGCCACUCGAGCGGCGAGAUCGGCGCGGCGUACGCGGCCGGGGCGCUGACGCACGACGAGUGCGCCGCCGUCGCCUACCUGCGCGGCCAGUCGGUGCUGCAGCUCAAGGCCGCGUACCCGGACCUCAGGGGCGGCAUGCUGGCCGUGGGCGCCGGGCCCGACGAGGUGCGGCGGCUGAUCAAGACGCUCAAGCAAGACGACGACGAAGGCCACCGCCGCCGCGUGACGGUCGCUUGCGUCAACAGCCCCGGCAGCGUCACGGCGUCGGGCGACGCGGCGGCCGUCGAGGAGCUGCAGGCAAAGGCCGAGGAGGCGCAGCUCUUCAACAGGCGGGUGCGCGUCGAGACGGCGUACCACUCGCACCACAUGGAGCUCGUGGCCGGCUGGUACGGCGCCUCGGUCGGCGAGCUGUAUCCCAUGGCGGGCAACGACAACGACGACGACGGCCACGAGGUCGAGUUCUACUCGUCGCUCAGGGGCGACAAGCUCGUGAGCCUGGCCGAGCUGGACACGUCGUACUGGGUGCAGAACCUCACGCAGCCCGUGCUCUUCUCGCAGGCCGUGACGCGCAUGUGCACGCCCGAGCCGGGGAGGGACAAGAUGGACGUGCUCGUCGAGAUCGGCCCGCACGCGGCGCUCGAGGGCCCCGUCAAGCAGAUCCUCAAGGCCGUCGAGUCGCUGCCCAAGAAGCCGCAGUACCUGGCGUCCCUGGUGCGGAACAAGGACGCCGUCGACACGGCCCUCAACCUGGCGGGCUCGCUCUUCGUGCACGGCGCCGCCGUCGACUUUGGCGCCGUCAACUUCCCCGUGCCGCCGCCCAAGGCCGCAAAGGUGCUCAGCGACAUGCCAAAGUACGCGUGGGACCACAAGACGCGCUACUGGUGGGAGACGCGCCUGAGCCGGGCGCACCUGCACCGCCGCUUCCCGCGCAACGACGUGCUGGGCAGCAUGGCCGACUGGUCCAACGACGUGGAGCCGACGUGGCGCAGCAUCCUGCGCGCCGACGACGUGCCGUGGGUGCGCGGCCACGCCAUGCAGGGCAUGACCGUCUUCCCCAUGGCCUGCUACCUCAGCAUGGCCAUCGAGGCCGCCGCGCAGAGGGCCGCCGCGGCCGCGGGCCUGGGCGCCGCCCAAGAAGCAGAAGAGGGCGGCCUCGUCGGAAAGUUCAUCUUCCGCGACGUCACCAUCAGUCGCCCGCUCAUCGUCCAGGAGGGCGUCGACUCCGAGACCAACAUAACACUGCGGCCCAACCCCGAGGGCACGCGCGAGUCGUCGGCCGUGUGGGACGAGUUCCGCAUCUUCUCGUGGAACAAGGAGCGCGAGUGGAUCGAGCACUGCCGCGGCCUGAUCCGCGUCGAACACAACAAGCCUGGUGCCGUCACCACCGCCGCUGCCGCCAGCAGCCAGACUAACACGGUGCACGACGCGUCCGCCGACGCCGCCGCCCUCCUCGAGGCGCGCAGGCGCCGGGUCCUCGACGCCUGCACCGAAGCCGUGCGCGCCGACCGGCUGUACGGGGAGCUCGAGGCCGUCACGGCAAGGUACGGCGCGCAGUUCCGGUCCAUGGAGAACUGCGCGGGGGGCGACACGGCCUGCGUGGCCGACGUGGUGGUGCCCGACACGGCCAAGGUCAUGCCAAAGGGCCACGAGGCGCCGCUGCACAUCCACCCGGCGCUGCUGGACCAGUUCACCCACGCCGCCUGGGUCAUCCUGGGCGCGGGCAGGGGAAAGCUCCCGGCGCUGUACAUGCCCAGGUUCUUCAAGGGCCUGACCGUGUCGGCCGACGUGCGCCGCCUGGCCGGCCGGCCCGGCGACCGCAUCCGCGUCUACGGGGAGGGGAACCCCAACUUUGCCAACCCGGGCUCGACCAAGAUCAGCAUGUUUGCCACGACUAUGGACGGCCAGCAGGAGCUGAUCAGCAUGGAGGGGCUGGUCAUCGACCCAAUCUUUGACGGCGAUGCCGCAGUCGCCGAGGCGGUCGGUGCACGAGAGCUCUGUUUCAAGGAGUCCUGGGAGCCGCUGUAUCCCGAGAUUGCUGGCUCCAGCCCCUCGUCAGAGUUGCAAGUCUCUAACGGCGUCAACGGCACCAAUGGCACAAAUGGGGUUCACGAGGAGGCAACCGAUAUAGCUACAGCUCCUCGGCCUAGAGCAACCCGAGAGAUUACAGACUCGGUCGUGAUAGUUGCCACACAGCAGCAACAGGACGCCGAGGGGCUGGCCACGGCGCUCAAGAACAAGCUUCUCGCCAGCCACACGUCCGACAGGGCGCCGCCAGACGUCCAUCUGUCUUCCCUCGAGGCCGCUCCGGCAGACCCCACCGCAGACUCUCCCUACGCGGCCAAGGUCUGCGUCGUGCUCGUCGAGCUCGACGGGGAGCCCCUCCUGGCCGGCCUGGACGCGGACGCCUUCGCGCGCGUGCAGCGCCUGAUCCUGUCCGCCAAGGGCAUCCUCUGGGUCGUCAGGGGCGCGCACUCGGACGCCACGGACCCGCGGCUGGGCAUGAUCCUCGGCCUCGCGCGGACCGUCAGGUCCGAGACGGGUAUGAAGUUUGCGACGCUAGACCUCGACGGCGAGGGCGCGGGCGCGCCGUCGUCGUCGUCAUCGUCGACGGUGGCGAGGGACGCGGGCUUAGUCGCCGAGGUCGCGAGCCACGUGUUUGGAAAGCCGACCACCCCCGACAGCGAGAACGACGACGUCGUCGCCAGCACGGGCGGCGACCCUGACAUGGAGUUCCAGGAGCGCCGGGGGCUCCUGAGUGUCUGCCGCGUGGCCGACGACGCCGACCUGGACGCCUUUGUGGAGCAGCACACCAACCCGGCCACCCCUCCCUUCGCGCAGCCAUUCGGCCAGCCUGGGCGGCCACUGCGGCUCGCCGUCGGGACCAAGGGCGCGCUCGACACGCUGCACUUUGUCGACGACGACAAGGCCUGCCUCCCCCUCGGGCCCGACGAGAUCCAGAUCGAGAUCAAGGUCACGAGCAUGAACUUCAAGGACAUCAUGGUCUCGAUGGGCGAGGUGCCGUCGCCGUACCUGGGCGUCGAGUGCGCGGGGCUCGUGAGCGCCGUGGGGUCCUCGGUCGGCGACUUCAAGGUCGGCGACCGCGUCUGCGCCAGCUCCGAAGGCGCCUACUCGACCUACACGCGCUCCAGGUCCACCAGCGCCGCGCGCGUGCCCGACGACAUGACGCUCGAGGCCGCCGCCACCGUGCCCGUCGUCUUCUCGACCGCCUACUACGGCCUCUUCGACGUGGGGCGGCUGCGGCGGGGCGAGUCUGUCCUCAUACACGCCGCGGCCGGCGGCGUCGGCCAGGCCGCCGUCAUGCUGGCCCGCAUGGUCGGCGCCGAGGUCUACGCCACCGUCGGCAGCGCCGCCAAGAAGGACUUUUUAACGAGCACCUACGGCGUGCCCGAGGACCACAUCUUCUACAGCCGCGACGUCUCCUUCGCCGAGGCCGUGAGGCGCGCCACGGGUGGCAGGGGCGUCGACGUGGUGCUCAACUCGCUGGCCGGCGACGCCCUGCGCGAGACGUGGGAGUGCCUCGCCUGCUUUGGCCGCUUCGUCGAGAUCGGCAAGCGCAGCAUCCUGGCCAACGCCAGCCUGGGCAUGGCCGUCUUUGACAAGAACGCCUCCUUCUCCUCCAUCGACUUGACACUCGUCGCCUCCGAGAAGCCGCGCACCAUGCGCAGGCUCCUCGACGACGUCUUCAAGCUGCUGAGCUACGGCGCCGUCAGGCCCAUCUCGCCCACCACCACCUUUAGCAUAUCAGAGGUCGAGGCGGCCUUCCGGACGCUGCAGGCCGGCAAGGUUCACGGCAAGAUCCUCGUGACCGCCGCUCCGGAAGACAUGGUCAAGGCAACAUACUCGACAAAGGCUUUCGAAAAGCUGCUCCGCCCAGACGCAACAUACAUCGUAGUCGGCGGAACCGGAGGCAUCGGGCGCAGCAUAGCCAGGUGGAUGACGCAGAAGGGCGCCAGGCACAUCACCCUGGUUUCGCGCUCGGCAAAGGUGGCGCCCAAAGUCGCCCAGCUGAUCGACGAGGCCAGAUCUGAGCACGGCGCAAGAAUCGUCGUUAGCCAAUGCGACGUCUCCUUGGCAGCCGACGUGGAGAAGAUGAUUGCCGAGCUAGCAGCCGCCCAGAUGCCCGCUGUCAAGGGCGUCAUCCACAGCGCCAUGAUCCUCGAUGUGAGUUACAUCCCCGAAGUAGUCACCCCUUAA